UAUUCCACGAUUUCAGUGUUCUCUAUCGUUGGUAGAAGGGAUCAUGUUAUAUUGUUGAUAUUACAAUUCACAACAUCACGGCACUGCGAUGCGCUCAUAGUUGUUACUUGUUACUAUUUCGAAUUUCGAUAAUAAAUUAGUGAGUAGUGAGUACUAGUGACUGAAUACUAAUCUAUGGUAGUGACGACUGACGAGUACUAGUGAAAUUAGUUAUUUUGAAAUGGACAAAUAUUUAAAUAAAAGAAAACACGAGGACAAUACCGUAAAUGAAUCUGAAAUAGACGAUGGGGAUAAUGUCGCUGGACCGUCUCAAUCAAGUGAAAUGGAGUCUACAGAAAAUAAAAUACAAAAUUACUUGCUAGAUGGCAAAUAUUACAAAAUCAUAUCUGUCGAAGGAACAAAAAUAUCUGCUAUUUGUCAAUUGUGCUCGAAGAAAAUUAUUGCUUAUAACAAUUCAACUGGAAACAUAUUAAGUCACUAUAAAUUAUUACAUUCAAGUAUAAUGAGUCAAGUUAAGGAGUACAAAAUCUUGAAGAUGUCUGGUAAUUCAAAAAAAGACAUUUUAAAACAAACAAAAUUGUUCCAUUCAGGACCAAACAAAAGUUGUUCAAAACAAGAGGUAAACGAUCUUGUUUUUGAAUAUAUUGUAUGUGAAAUGCGACCUCUAGUGACUGUGGAAAAACGUAGUUUUAAAAAACUAAUUUUGGGACUCACCCAUUCAAACGACGAAUCCAUUAUUCCAAAUAGAAAACAAAUAUUGCAACUUUUGAAAAAUAGUUACAAUUCAUAUGUUUCUAUGUUAUCAGAUUUGAUUCAAAAAUCAAAAUUCAUUUGUACAACAGCAGACAUAUGGAGUGGCAAUAAUAAAAGUUAUCUAGGGAUGACUUGUCAUUUAAUUGAUCCUAUAACUUAUGAAAGAAAAUCAUUUGUUUUGGGCUGUAAGCGAAUAAUCGGAAGUCACACUUACUUAAAUAUCACUGAAACAAUGACAUGUAUGACACAAGAAUAUAAUAUUCAUUACUCAAAAAUAAGUCAUACAGUUACAGAUAAUGCAAGUAAUUUUGCAAAAGCUUUUAGAACUUUUUCAACAAGUGUCAAAUCAACUCAGUCAACUACUUUAAGUGUAGGUGAUUUAAACGAAGAUAGUUCACCCUAUGAGGAUUCAGAUGUAGAAACUGAAAAUAUAACUGUGGUAGAUAUUGGUCAAAUAUUUACCAAUUCUGAAGAUCAAAUUAUAGACAAUUCAUUUUGUUUACCUCCACAUAUGAGGUGUUGUGCACAUACUCUAAAUUUAAUAUCAACAACUGAUAUAAAGAAAAUUAAAGAUGCAAGUUACAUUAGUAUAUCUGAAUCAACAUUCAAAAAAUUGUUUAGUUUUUGGACCCUCAUUAGUAGAAGCACAGUUGCUUCAGACAAAAUUUUAGAAAAGUGUGGGUGUAAAUUCCCCAUUCCUGUAGUAACUCGUUGGAACUCUUUAUAUGACUCAAGCUUAAAAGUUUUAAAGUAUAAACAACAGUUAACUAAAGCAUUUGAUGAUUUGCAUUUAAUAAAAUUAAAACUAAGCGAAUGGACUUUUUUGGAAGAAUAUUGUCAAGUUAUGGAACCAUUAGCCAUAUCACUAGAUAAGUUACAAGGUGAAAACAAUAGUUUUUUAGGGUAUGUAGCACCAACUAUUUUAGUUCUAAGGCGUAUGUUAAUAUCUUUUACAGAUUUGAAAUAUUGUAAACCUUUAAACAUUGCUAUUAUUCAAGCUAUCGAAACUCGUUUUAAUUAUAUAUUGGAUUUAAGUCUUCCAGAAAGUAAAGACUUUAUUAUAGCCGCUAUAAGUCAUCCCAAAUUCAAGUUGAGUUGGGUACCAAUUAGGUAUAUGAAUUUAUGUAAGAAACUGUUUAUUACUGAAUGUUGCUUAAGAAUAAAUACCGAAACCAAAUCAACAAAUUUGACUGUUACACAGUCUGAUAAGGAUGACAGUGAUGAUGAUUUUUUCGAUAGUAUUUGCAAUGACAAUGAUUUUACCAGCCCAUCUGAAUCCGAAUCAAGAAAUUCAAAUUUAGCAAAUUUGCAAGCAUUAACUUUUUUAAAUUUAAAAAAAAAAGAUCUUGACAUUUUAAAUGACUUUCCAGUAAUUAAAGAAGUAUUUUUAAAAUAUAAUACUACCAUUCCAUCAUCGGCAGCAGUAGAGCGGCUAUUCAGCAAAGCUGUUCAAGUAUUAACACCAAGACGCAGUCGACUCAGUGAUAAUACAUUUCAAAUGUUGUUAUGUUGUAGAUCAAAAUAUGAUUUAUAAAAAAUAAUUAUUUUAAAAUUGUGUUAA